AUGGCUGAUUCCGAUGAAGAGUAUAUCGGGGAAGUCUCUGAGGAUGAAGAUGAUAAUAAUAUUUUUCGAGGGUCCCGGGGUGAAGGGUCUGCAUCCCGUGUGAAGAGGAAACAGCGCGGAGGAGCUGAAUGGGAGGUCUCGAGAACCUGGGAGACAUUGGUCGAGAGUGCAGAUGGUACGAUUAGCUCGACAGUUGAAGGGCUCCUGGAAGCUGGGAAAAGAAAAAGGCUUCUGAAAGAUACAACGCCUUUACAACGUGGUAUUAUCCGUCAUCUUAUCUUGAUAGUCGACCUAUCACAAUCCAUGACAGAGAAGGACCUUCGCCCGACAAGAUAUCUUCUUACGCUACGGUACGCACAAGAGCUUGUGCGGGAGUUCUUCGAGCAGAAUCCGAUCUCACAACUUGGUGUCCUUGGAUUAAGGGACGGUCUCGCCGUCCGAAUAAGUGAUAUGAGUGGGAACCCCACGGAACAUAUUAGUGCCAUACAAACCCUGAGAGAUCAAGAUCCGAAAGGUCUUCCAAGUUUACAGAACGGCCUGGAAAUGGCUCGUGGCGCUCUAUUUCAUACACCCAGCAUGGUACUCGAGAGAUAUUCAUCAUAUUUGGCUCUCUUCUUUCAUCUGACCCUGGAGAUAUUCAUCAAACAAUAG